AUGCUCAUUUCUGUGCGGUAUAUAUCUGCUGCUGUGGAUACCCAAGUCGCAAAGAUAAGCAUUGUGAACAUUUACGAAGAUGUGCAUACGCGGGCAACAGUUACCGGUGUAGAUGUGGACAUACCGAAAACGAAAAGCGUGCACACAAAGUUCACAUUGAUGAAUGUGGUAAACGAAAGAAAGGCAGACCAAAGAAACAGAAAACGGAUAGUGGAUAAUUUUGGAUCCAAGAGUAGCUCCUGGAUGAAAUGGGUAGUCUUCCGAGGUUGUGAUGCCUUGUGCACCUGCGCAUGA